UUUUUAUCUUUUUAAAUUGUCCAGGAGAUUGGAUCUCAGCUCCGGGGUUUGAAACUUCAAUGUGCCGGGUUUAAUCUCCAGGAUAUAGCUAACCUCUGCCCUAAUCUAGAAACCCUGAUCAUACAGAAGGAACCUCCAAACCCAGUUGUGAAGUCCCGUGGGAACCAUGGUUUUGGAUCUCUUCGUAUUCUGGAAGUUUCAUGUGCUCAUUUCUCCAAACAGUGCAUGGAGUUCGUUCUCUCAUAUGCUACCAAGAUUGAGUCAAUUAAGAUCUUGAAUAUCCCGAAGUUGGUGAGAACUGAUCUUGAAACUUGGUUCUCGACAAAACAUCUUCCAUUUCUCAAAACCCUAAUUAUUUUCAAGGGCCCAAGUAUGAAUAUGGAGACCACGAUGAGUAUUCUCAGUGAUCUGCCCGCAAUAUCAGAGAUAGGAAUAUCAGAUUUAAACAGUAUUGAUGUCCCUAAGUCUCCUGAGAUGAGAAAGUUGUUGCUUGAGAUAAAAAGGAGAGAUUGGGACAUCACCUUAGCAGACUUUGUGGAUGGAGUAGAUGCUGAGGAGAGAGAUUUUGCCAAGGUUCAGAGUCUGCAUUGGUUUCAUCUCACACAAAUACAAGAAAACCAAUGCUGGAAGAGUCAACCUUUCUAGCUGUACAGUGUACAGUGUACAUUAUGUACACUACAAUAUGUACAAUCUUUAGUAAAUUUUAUGUACAGUACAACCUCUUAAAGAUUUUAAAAAAUUUGGAUAAAUUUUUGAUUUUUAAACUCGGUAUUAAAUUUUGCUAUUUAUACUGAAGUUGUGAGCUUACAACAUUUUUUGGUGGUCGCGGUUUUACACUUAUUUAACAAGCAAUCUUUGGAAAAACUGUAAUGCGUUUAUCAAUUUAGAAGUUAGGAUAUUUUAACCAUUAACUGCAUAUUUUUUUCUUUAUUUUUAAACAUUUUAUGUGUGAAAUUUGAAUGUCGUAUUGAUAAAGACGACUUUCAAUCAUCGUCCAUUAAUUCUUGU